AUGGCCACCACCGUCGUCCCAUCGAGCGUGCUGCCCGUCCAGCAGGAACACAAGGGCACCAUCGAGACGCCUCCGAGAGCGCCAUCGCCAGUUCAUCGCUUUGGAACGAGAGCCGUCCAUGUCGGCGCGCCCAUCGAGCCGACCACUGGAGCCGUCAUCUCUCCCAUAUCCCUCUCCACCACCUUCAUACAGCACAGCUUGGGAAAACCAAUCGGUGACUACGAGUAUACCAGAAGCUCCAACCCCAACAGAGACAACUUCGAGACGGCCGUCGCGGGGCUAGAGAACGCCCGAUACGCCCUCGCCUUCUCCUCUGGCUCGGCCACCACGGCCAACAUCCUCCAGUCUCUCGCCGGCGGAUCUCACGUCGUGUCCAUCUCUGACGUCUACGGCGGCACUCACAGAUACUUCACCAAGGUGGCCGCUGCCCACGGCAUCGAGGUCACUUUCACGCCCACCAUCGAGACCGACGUGGCCAAGCUGAUCCGUCCCAACGAGACGAAGCUGAUCUGGAUCGAGUCCCCAUCCAACCCGACCCUGGGACUGGUUGAUAUCCGCCAUGUUGCUACCAUUGCGCAUCAGCAUGGCAUCAUGGUCGUCGUCGACAACACCUUCUUGAGUCCCUAUAUCCAGAACCCGCUCGACCACGGCGCUGAUAUCGUCAUGCACUCCGUCACCAAAUACAUCAACGGCCACUCUGACGUCCUCAUGGGAGUCGCGGCCUUCAACUCCGAAGAGAUCAAGACCAGACUCACUUUCCUUCAAAAUGCAAUUGGCGCCGUCCCCUCGCCAUUCGACUGCUGGCUCGCCCACCGCGGUCUCAAGACCCUCCACCUCCGCGCUAGAGAAGCCACCGCAAACGCUACCAUCGUAGCCCACGCCCUUGAAUCCUCCCCACACGUCCAGAGCGUAAACUACCCUGGCAUCGACUCCCACCCCCACCGCAAGAUCGCCAUCAAACAGCACCGCAACGGCAUGGGCGGCGGAAUGCUCAGCUUCCGCAUCAAGGGCGGCCACGAAGCUGCCGAACGUUUCUGCCAGUCUACCCAGAUCUUCGUCCUCGCUGAAUCUCUCGGUGGCGUCGAGUCUCUCGUCGAGGUUCCUGGAGCCAUGACCCACUCCGGCAUCCCCAAGGAACAGCGUGAGAUCGCCGGUGUCUUUGACGACCUCAUCCGUCUCAGCUGCGGUAUCGAGGACGGCGAAGAUCUCAAGGCAGAUGUCCUGCAGGCUCUGGAGAAGGCUCUCGUCGCACCAAAGAUUAAUAACGGAAGCGGCAGCGGCAAUGGCGUAAACGGCGCUUAA